AUGUUUCCAGGAAACACCAUUUGCGGCCGCAUGCUGGAGUUUUGCAAAUACCCGUCUCCCCUCCCCAAAAAAUACUGCAAUUCCAAACACCUGAAAUUGAUCGAGCCCGUCGUUUACGACGAUGCAACCGGCGUCUGCUCCCUCGCCAAACUCGAGGCCAAAUUAUUCUCGUUGGUCCUAGCAGUCGACAAGGAUCCCGAGGCUACGCGCUUGAUUCUGGAUUGUGAUGGCGUUGCACCGAAGAACAUGGCAUCUCUCAAAUUACAGGCUUUGUAUCUAUCGGGACUGAAGAAGGAAGAGUGGAAGUGCUCCGGGAAUGCCGUGAAGAAGAACAUUGAAUUCGAUGAUAAAGUUUUUAAGCUGGAGACUCAAUGCAAUGCCACGCCAGAGGAUCGAUUCGAUGAUAUUGAGAAGCAAUUUGAGAAGGCGUGUAAUAGGAUUGGCGAGCGACAGGAUCAGAAACCGGAGUUUUUCUCUUAG